AUGCAGCAGCAGAGGGGCCCCCAAAGCCCGGGGGCCCCCAUUGCCUUCAGGGGCCCCCUAACCCCAUGGGGCGCCUGGGGGCCCCCCAGGAGUGAGGGGCCCCCCACACCUCCCCCACAGCAGCAGCAGCAGCAACGGAAGGGGCAGGUGCUGCUGCUGCAGCAGCAGCAGCCUGUGCAAAUCAGCAGCAGCUACGCGCAGCUGCAGCAGCCGCCGCUGCAGCAGCCGCAGCUGCAGCACUCGCCGCAGCUGCAGCACAUGCCGCAGCUGCAGCAGCUGCAGCACCCAUCACAGCUGCAGCAGCUGCAGCACCCGCCGCAGCUGCAGCACUCGCCGCAGCUGCAGCACCCGCCGCAGCUGCAGCACCCGCCGCAGCUGCAGCACCCGCCGCAGCUGCAGCACCCGCAGCAGCUGCAGCACCCGCAGCAGCUGCAGCACCCGCAGCAGCUGCAGCACCCACAGCUGCAGCAGCUGCAGCACCCGCAGCUGCACCAGCAGCAGCUGCACCAGCAACAGCAGCUGCAGCAGCAGCAGCAGCUGCUCCAGCAGCAGCAGAUCCAGCAGCAGCAGAUCCAGCAGCAGCAGCUUCAGCAGCAGCAGCUGCAGCAGCAGCAGCAGCAGCAACUGCUUCUGCAGCAGCAGCAGCGUCACAUACAUUAUGGAGGAGUUUCCUGGCAGCAGCAGCAGCAGCAGCAGCGCCCCAUCCAAUAUCCUGCUGCAGCUGCUGCUGCUCCACGCACGGCUCUGCCGCUGCAGCAGCAGCAGUUGCCUUCUUGGGGCGUAAGCCCCCAGCAGCAGCAGCAGCAGCAGCCGCUGCAGCAGCUGCCCUACAGUUACAGCCAUCCCCUGAGAAGCAGUAGCAGCAGCAGCCCCGAAUUGUCUCUGUGGGCAAACUCGCCAAGUCUGCAGCAGCGGCUGCAGCAGCAGCAGCAGCAGCAGCAGCGAGAGGUGAUCUUUGUGGAUGGCGAUCGUGUCGAAGUGCAGUACGUACGCUGCGUAGGGCUUCCGGGCAGCAGCAGCAGCAGCAGCAGCAAAAUCCGCGGCACCAGCAGCAGCAAAGCCCGCGGCGCCAGCAGCAGCAGCAAGAAGCGCAGCAGCAGCAGCAGCAACAGCAGCAGCACCGGACUCGGCUCAACGCCAGCGACGCAGCCCCCCGCAGCAAGAACGCCGUGGACCACUAACAGAGGAAGCAUUCGCAAUCCUGCCAGCAGCAGCAGCAGCAGCAAAGGGGGCAAAGGCAGGCGGCGGUACGGGUCUAGCCCCCGGGACGGGCGGCUGCGGUGUAUCCGCUGCAGCAGCAGCAGCCACUGGCUCUGCGGCCCUCCGCUGCACCGCCACGGGUUGCAUUCUUUAUCUAUUCGCCGGACUGCGCCUCCCUGGAACCCAACAUCUGCAGCAACAACAGCAGCAGCAGCAGCAGCAGAAGCACCGACUGUGUGGACGCGGCGGCGGCUGCGGGCCUUCGACUUGCAGGCAAAAAAAGAAAUUAAAAAGCAGAAAACAAAACAUGGUGCUGAGGCGGAAGCAGAAAGGGGCCUGAGGCACCAGCAGCAGAGCCGCCAGCAGCAGCAGCAGCAGCAGCAGUGGGACUGGGCGUUGCAGCAGCAGCAGCAGCAGCAGCAGCAGCUGUGGCUAAGGCGCCCGGAGGACUCUUAUGCCUUCAGGCACGGCUACCCGCAGCAUCAGCAGCCGCAGCGCGUGCACUACCCGCAGCUGCAGCUACAGCAACAGCAGCAGCAGGCGCUGCUUCAGCAGCAGCAGCAGGCGCUGCUGCAGCAGCAGCAGCAGCAGCAGCACCUGCUGCAGCAGCAGCAGCAGCACGCGCUGCUGCAGCAGCAGCAGCAGCAGCACCUGCUGCAGCAGCAGCAGCAGCAGCACCUACUGCAGCAGCAGCAGCAGCAGCACCUACUGCAGCAGCAGCAGCAGCAGCACCUGCUGCAGCAGCCGCACCUGCUGGACUACCGCAUGCAGCAGCCGCGGGGCCACAUGGCGUGGCCGCCGCCGCCUCCCGCAGCAGCAGCAACAGACGUCCAGCUGCGGCUGCUGCCUGCAGCAGCAGCAACAGCAGCAGCUGCUGCUACUGCUUUUGCUGCCCCUCCUUUUCCCGGGCCCCGCUUUCAGCCCAAAGGCCCGUAA